CCUCACGUCGUUGGAAAAAGAACAUUGUCUCCAAGCCAUGCAGGCACGCGUGAGCCAUGCGCGUGAACCAGCCAUGAUCGGUAUGACUCUCUUAGUGGCGAGUGUCGCAUCCAGACGAGUUCUGUAUAAAGAGCGUCUGUAAAGUUCUCUCAAACAUCACUAUAUUACCAUGCAUCGUCCUGUCGACUAUCGUUCUUACUAUCCAAGCUUUGAUCACCGAGACCCUCAAAACUAUUCUCUUCCCGCGUUUCAUCCGUUUAGCUCUGCAGAUCCAUACCCAACGCCCGGCCCUACCCCCACGAAUGCCUACUAUUCGACUCCAUUUGUACAACAUCCAUUCUCAUACCCAAAGCAGAGCCAUCAGUCACAGGACGCGGUUCCGAUACCUGUCGUCCCUGGCAUGCUGGCCAAUGUAUUACCUGUGCCAGCUCAAAGAUCUGCUGAGACUCAAGUAGUAGUACCGCCCAGUAUUGAGAGAGUCAAAGGAUCGACCGGGGCCAGUACUUCCUCGGACGCCGAGAGGGACAUCCAGACCGUCCCUUUGUCGUCGGCAUCGGCGCCAACACAAAGGAAGGCAGUCGAGACCACGAAACUUUCUGAGUCGUCGCAACCGAGCGCCGGGCCUAGGCUUUGGAAGCGAGAAAUACGUCAGGGAAUGGAGUUGUUACGUACCGCACUGGAAGGGUGCCUGCCGUCUGAGCAGAUCAACGCAGCAUCCCCCAACUACAGAGUGGCAGCGCUCGGUGCUCGGCUCAUCAAGCAGCAAAGGGAGGAACUUCGUCAAACAAAGGAAGAACUUCAUCAAGUCAAAGAGGAACUGCGAAUACUAGACGACUCACUGGACCACGCGUGGACCCAAGUCAAACAUUUCAGAGAACAUGCCAAAAAUCUCGAAAACCACCUCGAAAGCCAAGGAAGGCAUCUCGACACUCGGGUUCGCGAUACUCUCAUCCGAAACAACCAUCUCAGGGAAGAGUUGGAAAUAUUAGAAAGUCGGUUGCGCAAAUAUCAACGACGACAGGCAAAGGGAUCGGACGAGGCGGAGGUCGCCGAAGUUGAUAUGAGUGAUGAUCAGUCGCCGCAUGAGGGUUGAAACCGUCGUUCUAGAGCAUACAUGGCUAUGAAUUAGACUGUAUUGAUUCAUUGUUUGGUAAAUUAGGGGCAAUAUGGGUUUACGCGUUACCUGUGAAGCGUCUAUUCUCGAUGUUAAUUAUAGUGCUUGGUUGCUGGCGUUGAACUCUGUGAAUGUUAACUACAAUUUC